GCGGGGUCUACGCCAGGACCGCCUUGGGGCCUCUUCACCCCGCGCGCCGCGGCCCCCUGGCUCCCCGCCCGCAGCCCCCAGCCGGUGGCUCCGAGCUGCCGGAGAGGAAGGGCUGCGCGGGGCUCCAGGCUGGCCGAGUGAACGGAAGGAAAACGCGUCGGCGUGAGGGUCCCUAGCCAGUAGCUUUCUCCGGGUGGUCGAUAUCGCCCAUCCGGGGGCGACUCCCAACCGGUGCGAUGAGCGCCAACGAGGACCAAGAGAUGGAGCUAGAAGCAUUACGUUCUAUUUAUGAAGGAGAUGAAAGUUUCCGGGAAUUAAGUCCAGUUUCCUUUCAAUAUAGGGAGUGUGAUUGGAGUGGAGAAAGAACCAGAGUAUCCCUCUGACACAUGUCAUGCCAAGCAUUGAACUCAGGACCUCAUGCUUGUGAAAAUGGUGAUCCCAAAGCCUUUUUAAUAGAGAUCUCUUGGACAGAAACAUAUCCCCAGACGCCUCCAAUUAUAUCUAUGAAUGCUUUUUUUAACAACACAAUAUCAUCAGCUGUAAAGCAGAGUAUAUUAGCCAAGUUGCAAGAAGCUGUGGAAGUUAAUCUCGGGACCGCUAUGACCUACACAUUGUUUGAAUAUGCCAAGGACAACAAAGAUCUGUUCAUGGAGAAUCACCAUCCUGUUAAUUCCACAAUAUCUAUAAGCAAUAUCAUCUCUGUUGACACUCCUAGUACAGCCCCAUCAAGUAAGAAAAAAGACAAAAAAGAGCAACUUUCAAAAGCCCAGAAACGUAAGCUGGCAGAUAAAACAGAUCACAAAGGUGAACUUCCCAGAGGAUGGAACUGGGUUGAUGUGGUAAAAGUAUGUAAUAUUUAUAUUCUAGUUUUCAGUAAAUUGCUAUAAUUAUUGCUAGCAAGUAAUGGUCUUUGUUUCUCAUUUUCUCCCUUUUCACCUGUGGAUUUUCCUGGAAUGUCUGACUUUUUUUCUCUACCUUCAGCAUCUGAGCAAGACUGGCUCCAAGGAUGAUGAAUAAAUAGCACUUGGAGUUUGAGAUGAGAGAAGAUCAUCCUUGGAAAAGUAAACUGGGUUCAAAAUCUUUCAUUACUCUUUCUGGUAUUGAGGUGGCUUUUUAUAAAAAAUAAAUAAAAUAGCUUUUUAUAUGUUUCUUAUGUAAAAAAAUUGUUGUAAGCUAAAAAGUCACGAUGAGAUCUGGUUGUACUAACUGAUUUUCACAAACUUGCCUUCAUAAAAGGUGAAAAUGUUGUUAGCAUACUGUAUGCACCCCGUUGGAUAGUGUAAGUGGACAGAAGAAGGAAAUAAAAAAUAAUCAUGGUUAAUUUAUAUGACCUUACUCUAGUGGAUGUGAUAUUUUUUAAAGGAGUAUGAAGCCCUUUCCAAACUUUCAUCCCAAUAAAGUUUUCAUCCCUUCUUCCUUUUAAUUACUGAAACCUCAAAUUUGAAUACUAGCAUUUGAACUUUAUAACUAACUUUCUCUGUAGUUCCUUUUUAUUCUUCAAGGUGAACUGCUUCUCUUAUAUAAAUGAGUACCUGUUUGAUGCUUUGGUUUGGCUCAUGACCUUUGGUCAUGAGCCUUUUCAGUGCUUUGUGGACUAAGAGUAUAAAAGCAAAUCUGCCAAAUACAUUAGAGAUCACUGGGGCAGAAAUGCCAGUUCCUAUUUAAAACAUCUAUUUUGCUGCACAUACCAAGAUGGGGGGGGGGAAGAUGCCUUAAUAUGUCAUUGUUGUAUCAUUGGAGACAGUAGUUUUAAUAAAUUCCUAUUUAUCUGCUAUUGUGUAUUUUUCCAUUGUUGGUAACCAAGGUCUUCUUAAUGCUUUAAAAACCACAUCUUAAGUCUUCGUUUCUUUUCAGCGUGUCUGUUCUAUUCUCUAAAUGUAUUUCUCAAUUUGAGAUCUUUGUAAUAACAGACAUAGAAGUAUGCCAAAAGCUGUAGUACAUGCUUGACUUGAUAAUAGAGGAAAAGUUAGUGUUAUUUUACUAGGAAGUUACUGAUGUUGGUGUGUGAUUUCCGGUAAUGCUGAGUGAUUCCGUAUUACUCCCCAGCUUACAGCAUGCUUGUAAAUCUUUCUGUCGUCUCUGGAAGAUUAUUGGUGCUUCAGGUGAUACCACUGUAGCUGUGGUCAGAGAGCUUAAAUAGCUAUUAAGGAAAUUUCCUUAGCAUAAGAGCCACUUUAACACUGGCUUCAGCUAAGUCAUUUGAAUCAUAAAGUAAAUCUCCUAAGAACAUUUUAAUGACGUUCCCAAAAGCUAUGUCACGCUUAAUUUCUUGAAUGAAUAUGAUAGAGGGAAACAUGAAAGUCUGUGACCACUGGAAUAUGCCACGUCUGGGGGUUGAGUGUGUAGUGUUUGUUGUGUUGAUUUGUUUAACUUUCUUUAGAAGAAACUGAAACUGCUACAUCUGCUAGUGGAAGAAAAUACUUUAUUUUGCUUUGGAGAUGCUGAAAUUAUUCAGGCUUAUCAUGGUUCACAAUUACAAAGAAUGAUGCUAGUUAAAUGCCAAUGAACUAUUUUUAUUCUUUUUAUAUGAAAUGUACAAACUUGGGGGGUGAUGGUGGCAGUGGUGCCUCUUACAACCUUAUGUGAAAACACUUGAAUAUUGUCAUCAAUAUUGCCAUCAUCCCAGUAUAUUUUCUAAAAGUCUGUUUACUUAAAAUUGUAUGGACUGAUGUCAUUAUUAAGCAAUAAAAUCUGAAUUACACACAA